GGAAGAGAUAAGUGGCGUAGAUGAGAAGUACAAGCCAAUCCGAACGUACCAGGUGUGCAACGUGAUGGAGCCCACGCAGCAGAACAACUGGCUGCAGACGGGCUGGGUGGCGCGCCGAGGUGGCCAGCGCAUCUUUGUGGAGCUCCAGUUCACUCUGCGCGACUGCAACAGCAUCCCCGGUGUGGCAGGCACCUGCAAGGAGACCUUCAACCUCCUCUACGUCGAGUCGGACAGGGACCUCGGGGGUGUGACCCGAGAGGACCGCUACACCAAGAUCGACACCAUCGCUGCAGAUGAGAGCUUCACGCAGGGCGACCUCGGUGAGAGAAAGAUGAAGCUGAACACUGAGGUGCGUGAGAUUGGCCACCUAAACCGCAAGGGCUUCCACCUGGCUUUCCAGGACGUCGGUGCCUGCGUUGCCCUAGUGGCUGUGCGAGUGUACUACAAACGCUGCCUCGCAACUGUCCAGAACUUGGCAGUAUUCCCAGACACAGUGGCUGAGGCAGCCUUUGCCACGCUGGUAGAGGUGCGCGGCACCUGUGUCAACAACUCUGAGGUUGACACAGACAGCCCUCCCAGGAUGCAUUGCAGCGCCGAGGGGGAAUGGCUGGUACCCAUUGGGAAGUGCAGCUGCAGCGCCGGCUACGAAGAGGGACACAGCAGCUGUGAAGCGUGUCCCCCUGGCUCCUACAAGAUGUCCUCCAGGCAGCAGGAGUGUUUUCCCUGCCCAGCCAACAGUGUCGCAGAGGAGGAAGGGUCUGUGGUGUGCGUGUGUGAGGAAGACCACUUCAGAACCCCCCUGGACACGCCCUCAGCACCAUGCACAAGGCCCCCAUCCCCGCCUCGCGACUUGGUCUGCACUCUGAAGCAGUCCACUCUGAUCUUGGAGUGGGCCGCCCCGUCCGACACGGGAGGCAGGGCAGAUCUGACCUACAGCGUGGGGUGCCGGAGGUGCGUCGGGAGGCAGUGCGAGCCAUGCGGGGCAAGUAUUGGCUUUGUGCCGCAGCAGGUGGGCCUGACGGAAAGAACGGUGACUGUGGUCAAUCUCCUCCCCAACACCAACUACACGUUUACCGUAGAAGCCUUGAAUGGUGUGUCAGAGCUGCUGCCCAACAAGAGGUUCUACACCCAGGUCAACGUGUCAACAAGCCUGCCUGCACCAUCACUGAUCAGUGAGCUGCGAGCAGAGAAGAUCGAGCAGAAGAGCAUAACCUUGGUGUGGAGGGAGCCCUCCUACCCAAACAGCAGCCGCACUGAAUAUGAGGUCAAAUACUACGAGAAGGAACAAAAGGACCAGAGUUAUUCUACUGUGAAGACUGCUGCCACACGGAUCAGUGUCAACAACCUCAAACCUGGCACCACAUAUGUCUUCCUCAUCCGCCCUUUCUCUACGCCAGCCUACGGAGCAUACAGCACUCCCCUGGAGCUGCAGACACUUGGCGAGUCAACUGGCAAAACAACACAAACCAGCAUGGCACUGGCAUCCAGCGAACAGAAUCCAGUAGUGAUCAUCGUCGUCGUGUCAGUGGCCGCCCUGAUCAUGCUGCUCUCCAUGGGAGUUGGAUUGCUUAUCUGGAGGAGACAAUGCGGCUACAGCAAAGCUUCUCAAGAGGGAGACGAGGAACUUUACUUCCAGUCAGACAAGCAUACCUGCGAGGACCUGCUGCAGGCCGUGCAUGCCUUUGCCAAGGAGCUGGACAACUCGAGCAUCAAAAUAGAGAGAAUUGUGCACACAGGCGACUUUGGGGAGGUGUGUCGUGGCUGCCUGAAGCUGCCCAGUAAGAGAGAGCUGCCGGUGGCCAUAAAGACAUUAAGGGCCGGCUGCUCUGACAAACAACGGCGCUCCUUUCUCAGCGAGGCUGGCAUCCUGGGGCAGUUUGACCACUCCAACAUCAUCCGGCUGGAGGGUGUCAUCACCACCGGUAACACCAUGAUGAUCAUAGUGGAGAGCAUGUCUAACGGAGCCUUAGAUUCCUUCCUUAGGAAACAUGAGGGCCAGUUGAGUGUAAUGCAGCUGAUGGAUAUGCUGACUGGGGUGGCAUCAGGGAUGAAGUACCUCACUGAAAUGGGCUUCGUCCACAAACGGCUGGCCGCACACAAGGUGCUGGUUAACUCCAACCUAGGCUGCAAGGUAUCUGGCUUUAGACCUCUUCAGGAGGACAAGAUCGAGGCCAUCUACACCACACUGCACGGAGGGAAGAGUGUGGUGCUGUGGACUGCUCCGGAGGCCAUCCAGUACCAUCGCUUCUCCUCAGCCUCAGAUGUCUGGAGCUUCGGCAUUGUCAUGUGGGAGGUCAUGUCCUAUGGAGAGAGACCCUACUGGGAUAUGGGCAACCAGGAUGUGAUCAAGGCCAUUGAGGAUGGUUUCAGGCUGCCGGCUCCAGUUAACUGCCCUCCACAUCUCCAUCAGCUGAUGCUGGACUGCUGGCAGAAGGAGAGGACAGAGAGGCCCACCUUCAGCCAAAUCCACUCAGCCCUCAGCAAGAGCAUUCGCUCUCCCGAUGGCAUUGGUUCCUCCACACUGGCACGCAGUUCAUCCAUUACGCUAGCAGAAAGGCCUCUCCCCUCCUUCCCAUCCUUUAACUCAGUGGGAGAGUGGCUGGAUGCAGUGGACAUGGGCCGAUACAAGGACAACUUCACUGCCGCAGGAUACUGCUACCUGGAGUCUGUGGCCCGAAUGACUGUACAAGAUGUGCUGAGCCUUGGCAUCACUUCCCUUGAGCACCAGAAGCUGAUACUGGCUGCCAUCCAGACCCUCAGAGCCCAGGUCAUCCAAAUGCACGGGCGCGGUGUCCAGGUCUAACCAACAAGUCAACACACCCAGUCUCACACUGCUGCUGCGACCCACACAUAUGUGCAGAUGGAUGAUGGGGUGGAGAAGAGGAGAGCGGGAGAGAAAGAGAGUGCUCUCCCAAACUGAUGGAAAGAUGAGCAGAACUUUCAGCUAACUGCACACCUCUAUCUACUCCUCCUUCCCACACUUCUUCAUGCCUUCCUUGAUUCCUUACUUCCUUUUUUCUAACAGUCCCCUCAGAGACAGGCGGCGUUCCUGUCGCGAUUGGGGGAAAGCAGAGGAGUGAUGUCACGUGACUUUUUUUUGUGACCUCUAUCUGCACUUUGACCUUCAAUAACUGUGUCAGCUCCUUCUCACUGGUUCUGGAUUAGUGCGUAAAAGACAAAUGAAAUAUUGUCUGUAGCAGGAGAGGCUGUCUGAAGCUGACCUCUGAGCAGCAGCAGGGGCACAGAUCUACUGCGCUGCAAACAUGGUUAUGGACGAGCGCUCAAAGAAACAUUAACAUUUUGAGUAGAAUUUCCCUUUACCACAACACCGAUUCACUAGGAACAAUAUAUUGUUAAAGCUAGGAACUAUUUUACUGGCCUUGUAUCAUUUUACUCUCUUCUCAGAACUGGCACAGCUGAUUUCACAUCAAACAGGAAGUGAUGUACGAGGACACGUAAUCAUAUCAUUGUAUGUCAGAGCUGAUCUCAUAUCAGAAGGUAAAAGAACAUUUCUGGAGAUUAAACAUGGCUGGAAUGUAACGUAUGGUUUUAGAGCGGCAGCUUAAGGAGACUGUGCUGUCCCAUGUCGAGGGUCCAGUGAGUCUGAGGUUAGAGUUGGAUGAGGCCUCAAAAGCAUACAGUAUAGUCCUAUAUUCAGUAUAUUAAGUGUGCUGAUGGGAUGAAAAGAGCUCCAGUAAGUUAUGGGCGAUGAUUAUACUGUACUUUCAGGAACAUCAGCCUGCUUUUUUUUUCCUUUGGGGUUAAACAAAAGCUGCAGGAUACAACUGUAAAGCAAAAGGUUGAACAUGUGUGUUUGAUUGUUAAUUAAUUUGUUGUAUGUCGCUGUCUGUUUCGCUACUCUCGAUUCUAUUUUCUUCAUUUCCUUUAUCUUCCUCUUCCCCUCUAUGCUUUGAAGUUGUUUUCUUUGUGCAUUUAAAGCAUCUAAUUUUCCCUUUUAGCCUGCUGAAUGUCAUCUCGGUAACAUAAUCCUCCUCUCCAAAGCCUCUCUCACUACCGUGUUUAAUACUCUGUAUAGAGCACGGGCCAACUCUGGAAGAUGGCCUGAUUCAGAUAUUUAUCCAUAUUUAUUUAUGUUUACAGACUGUAACACAAAUCUCUCAAGAAAAGAGGUUAGGGAAGGCUUAUUUAUUUAAUUAGUAUUUUAAAAAACAUGUUGAGCAAAGCAGUAGUCGCCUCUUGUUUUGUUGCUUUAUUAUAUGACUAUGAGUUUAUACCUGAACAGAUGAGUUGUUUUGUACACAGGAAGUGGGAGGAACACUGGAUGAUUUUUACUGUCAGCACACAGUAUCUGUGUAUUCUUGAACACUGGAUUUGAUACAGUUAAUUUUAUGUCCAUUAUCAUUCCAUUAUCAUUGGAUUUGCUGUAUACAUUACAGUGUGUGUGGCAGUAUGGAUACAGUAUUACAGAAUGUCAUAUGGACUUUUUCCUUGUAGCUGUUGGAUUAUCAUUAAUUUUGUGUUGCUGUUAAUAUCAAGCUCUGCCAUGCUAUGUGGUUGCACUUUUUUCCAGUUAACUCCCAGAAUUCUCUCUGCACAGUGAUCUGCCCCUCGCCUUUUCUGUCCUAUUUCAAUACAGGAGACUUGAAGGAAGAAGUUUAUUGGGGACUUACCUGAUUAUCAUACAGUUUCACAAUAGAAGCUACAUACAUUUUUAACUGGAAUAUUGUAACUGGUUUGUAUUUGGUACAAAUAGAUUUUUUUUUUGUUCUUUCUCCUUGUACUCUCCUCUCUGUAACCGUUUUGUCAAAUGAAAUGAGCUCAUAUGUCCUUAUAGAUGUUAUCACGCACAUGUUAAGAUAUCUGGAGAAACACUGAUAGUCCCUUUAUACACACACACACACACACACGCACACACAAGACUACAAAGACACACACGUGCAGUCGCUAACACUCAACAAACUGGACCUUGUCGCCAUAAUGAAUUAAAACUCUUAUUUGUUUGCCCUCUCUAUCCCCCUUUCUGUUACUGUGACCAUCAUGAUAUGUUUAAUACUGUACAUAUGUAUUUGAAAAUGCUAAAUCUAUUUUUAUAAUUUGUUUGAAGAACAAUGUGUUGAAUAUAAUAUCUGCUCACUGUGUAAGGGUUUUAUUUGUUUGAAUUUUAGGGCCAUAGCCAAGAAACUCUGGUGUUUGGAAUAUAAAACUGAAAAAAAAAGU